GAAAGUCACCAGUAGAGUGCUCGUCGAGUGAAGUUGUUCUCUCAUUUCGUGUGUCUUUAUGUCUUCCUUAUGUGUUGACGGUGCUUACACUGAUCUCACCCAACCAGCCGAAGGACCCCAAGCUCCUUGCUGCCUAACUACAGUAUAUGUAGAAGAUGUAGAAUGACCCUCAGCUGACUGAUGCAACAAUGGGAGACAAGCCCCCUCCUCUUCCACCAAAAAUGCGCUCUAUGGGUGGGGGUCAAUAUACACAACAGGAUAUUGCAAAAGCCCUUGAGGAAGAAAACAAAGAAUAUGAAAGGAUCCGAAGGGAAAAACUUAGCAGAUCACACUCACAGCGAUCUGCCCCAGUAAAGGAAAAUGGUACACAAGAUCGACCAAGGCCUCAGACUCCCACCGAAAGAGGGAGUACAAAAACUGAUGUCAAACCAAGACCUCGUCCCAGUCCAGCCACAACACAACCAACACCCAAACCUCGCACGUUUAGCCUCUCUCAUACCCAGCCAGUCAACUUAUUUCCACAAGCUGCAACUAAAACCAGAUCGGUGUCACAAGGUUCUCCUUUUAUCACUGAAUCUCAAUUUACACAUGUUAGUCAAUUAGAAUCAGUAAGUACAUCAAAAUUAACAUCCACUGCUGAAAACCAGGAAGACUUGAUUUCAUUUCACAGUCCAGAAAAACCAAAGAAUGACAUACUUACUCUUCUUCACAAUAUUAAUGCCAACCAGAGUGCAGUAGUUCCUAUCACAACUUCUCAGGGAACAUAUACAAUGUCAAAUACUUACAGACAGUCCUUCACUUCCCCACCACCAUCAGUGAGACCACCUUCCAACUUGUCAACAUAUCAAGGAACGAUAACCCCCAUUGUAGCUGGCUCCAGUUGGCCUGUAGCUGGUCAGAAUGGGAUGACUCCAUAUUCCAAUUACAGCUCAUCAUCCUUGUCCUCAGUUUCAUACCAGUCUGUAAUAGGACAGUCAAGUUCCCUCUCUUGUGGUCUCGGUUAUAAAAACUUCCAAAAUCCUGGUCAGCUGGUACCUGUAACUCAAACCUCAUCAGGCACUCAAAGUCCUUCUCCCAGUGGACUAAGGUGUUCUAAUCUGGACAUUAAUCUUGUCUUGGGUAAUCACUUAUCUGAUUGCCAGAGUACAUCAGCCAUCUCUGGAACACCUACAAAAGAAAUGGCCUUAAGUGUCAGUUUAGUUGGAAAAUCAAACAUUCCUAAAGAUGAUCUCAUAGAUCUUGGUAAAGGAUUAGCAGUGAAAGAAUCUGAGGAUUGUGAAACAAAGAUUAGUCUUUUAGAUGUUUUUGACCCAAUAGUACUGAAAGCCAAAGAAGAGGAAAAGGCAAAGAAAAGGUCUCCAUCAUCAUCAUCAUCUAUAAAUCAAGCUGAAACAAAUGUUAACCCAUCUAAUGUUUCAAUUAGCGAGGAAGCCCAAGAGUUACUAUCAUUUAAGUCACGUAAAUCACGCAACGAUGACGAAAUGAGUUACUAUGAACAGGUUGAUCCCUUUGAGUAUAUGCACCCUGGUGCAAGCAGUACAAGAUCAGACCCAGUUUAUGAUAUUUAUGAUGGUUUGGUCAGCCCUGGGGCAGUUGGUGGUGAGACUUUUGACAUCCCUCCUCCAUUACCACCUCGCUCAAGUGUUGCAGAAGAGGUUGAUGUCAGAAUGCGGAAGGGAGUUAGAAGUCCAAAAUCUCAGAGAGUAGCAGUAGUAAAGAAAAGGUCUUGCAUGAAAUUUGAUGGCACUUCAACCUCAAGUCAUAUUCAGCUCUGCAAGAUUCCUGCCUUGAGUGCAGAUGAUGAAGCAAGAGCCUUCUGGGAUAGCAUCAAGAGGCGCAGAGGAGAGUAUACUUGGAGUGAUCAUAUAGGAAAUCCUGGGCUCCUGCACAGUGCCUGCCUUGAAAGCUCCAUUGACCCAAAGCAGAGUAUUAAAUUGACUGUCCAUUACCUCAGCCAUGAAUCUGUCACUUUCACAUGCAAUUUGGAUUCAAGUGUAGAGCAUGUUGUGAUGCACACUGUAUGCACUUUGGAACUUCCUGGAGAAUCAGCAGAUUACGUCCUCAAGGUUCGUGGGCUGGAUGAAUAUUUAUCUGGAGAGACAGUCCUUGGAGAAUACGAAUAUGUACACACCUGUAUGAAGUUUGAUGAAGAUGUUAUUUUCACACUCAUGCAUGCAGAUUCAGUCAAGCAAGCAUAUCUACGAACGGAGGAAGAUGAUCAAACUGUCUUAAAUGUCCAUGUGGAAGAACUCAUGUCUGCUGGAUCUGGAGAUGUGGCACACUAUGAACAGCUCACCAUUGUGGUUGAAACGUUUGAGAAAGAACUGUCACGCCUUCAGAAUUCAGGAUUUUUGUUAAUUGAUGGGACACCAGUUCAAGACUUGCCUUCCCCCAUGAGGUCAAGAAAAGUCCGUCAGGUUGUGAGGCAGAUGUGCACUGUGCUGGGAAACUUGGAAACAAAUGAAGUUUCUGAUGCUAUUACUACCCUUGUGAACACAUGUAGAAUUAUUCAAAAGAGCCAAGGUAUUCUUGAUGGUGAAGAAGACUUUCCUGGACAACGCAUUCUUUCCACUGGUUCUCAUGAUGCUUCCAGCCCAGAUUUCCUUAAGAAGCAGCUCCUGGAUGCUGUCAGCUGCUUGGCUGCUGCUGUCAAUAACUUUUUGAUUAUGUAUGCCAAGGCCUUCAGGGUGGAUUUCACCGUGGAUAUUACAACAGAAUCCACAAAUGACCCACAAGAUAUAAGAGAAGUGAGAGAAAAGGUGUCUGUAAAGAUUCAGGGUUUCCAUCGUCUGGAACGAGAGUGGAAAUAUGAUGAAUAUUUUGUACAUGCUCAACUGUUCCAUGGAUCAAGAUGUUUAGGACAGCCUGGCUAUUCUCACACAAGGAAAGUGUCUGAAGGCACCACACUCUACCCUAAAGUCACUUUUAAUGGAUGGCUUGAUCUGGAAGCACGCAUCAACACUCUGCCAAAGGAGAGCAGACUUGUCUUCACAGUGUUUGGAGUGAAGAUUAUUGAAGCAGAGAGUAAAGGUGACCAGCCUCAGUACAUCAGAGAAGAGGUUGGAUGGGCAGCAGUACAGUGCUUCUCCUUUGAUGGACAUCUCACUCAGGGAUCCCAUCUCCUCACUCUGUGGCCAAUGGCAAGUGACAGACGGCUGGGUCCUGCACCUUAUUCCUCUGACCAUCCUCAGGUCCACAGCUGCCCAGUCCUCUCUGUGGAGCUGUUUGACAUUAAAGGGGAAGUUGUGUUCCCAGAGAUCAUCCCCCUUGAGCCAACAAAACUUGAGUUCUCCUCCUUGGACAUCAACACACAACAACUUCUCUCUGAUAUAAUAGAGAGGGACAUUUUUACAUUCAACAAGGGAUCAGCAGAAGAACGUGAAAUUCUAUGGGAAAAGAGACAUUAUCUCCAUGCAGAGCCGUUUGCCCUGGCCAAGGUUCUGCUUGCUGCACAUUCAUGGGAUGUGUCAUGUCUGCCAGAUCUUCACUCUAUUGUCAGGAAUUGGGCCUCACCAGCUCCUGCAGAUGCCUUGCACUUACUCUUACCUUGUUUCCCAGACAGUGUGGUGCGUGCUCGUGCAGUGGAGUGGAUCAGGGGGCUGGGCUCUGAUGAAUUGAUAUCAUUUUUGCCUCAGUUAGUCCAGGCUGUGAAACAUGAAGCUUGGGAUGUAUCCCCCAUAGCAGAGCUGCUGCUGGAACGUGCCCUCACCUCCCCAAGGCUUGCACACCAUCUUUAUUGGCUACUCAAUCAGUGCCUUCCUCUUCAGACCAACAUGGGAGGGGAGCGUGAAGUGGUGAGCGAUGCCAGGUACCGGCGCCGAUUGAACCUAGUCACUCGAGCACUGAUGGCAGUGUGUGGUAAAAAUAUGGAAAACAGACUUCUUAAACAGGAAGCUGUCCUUAGAAGCCUUUACGCCACAGCCAUGAGCAUUAAGGACAUUAAGGAUAACCAGAGAAUGCCCAAGCUAUGCAGAGAUUUGGAGCAUAUACAUUACAGUCUGCAGGCAAGCCCAACUUCUCUUCCCUUGUCACCAUCCAUGGAAGUUGCUGGAGUAGAUGUAAAAAAUUGUUCCUACUUCAACUCCUUCACAGUGCCUCUCAGACUGGCAUUCUUGUCUUCAGAGGCAGAAACUGAUCCCAUACAUGCAAUUUUCAAGGUGGGAGAUGACCUGCGGCAAGACAUGCUGGUGAUUCAGAUGAUCCGACUGAUGGACAGAUUGUGGCUCAAGGAAGAUCUAGAUCUCAAGGUGGUCACUUUUAAUGUUGUACCCACGGGGGAUAAGAUAGGAAUUAUUGAACUAGUCAAAGAUGCAGAAACAUUGCGCAAAAUUCAGACGGAAUAUGGAGUCACCGGCUCCUUUCAGGACCGUCCCAUAGCAGAGUGGCUGGCAAAGCAAAACCCCUCACAGCUAGAGUACCAAAGAGCUGUUGAAAAUUUUACUGCUUCAUGUGCUGCAUACUGUGUUGCUACUUAUAUAUUGGGAAUAUGUGAUCGCCAUAAUGAUAAUAUUAUGUUGAAGACCUCUGGACAUCUGUUCCACAUUGACUUUGGCAAAUUCCUUGGUGAUGCACAAAAAUUUGGUAGUUUUAAAAGAGAUCGCACACCCUUUGUGCUAACAUCUGACAUGGCAUAUGUUAUAAAUGGAGGAGAGAAACCCUCUGACAAAUUCCAAGGAUUUGUAGAUCUCUGUUGUCGUGCUUUCAACAUUAUUCGAAAAAAUGGCCAACUUCUUCUAUACUUGUUUGCUUUGAUGGCAUCUUCUGGAAUUCCUGGUGUAACAUGGGAAGCAGUGACAUAUGUGGAGCGAGCAUUACUACAGGACAACACCAAUGCCGAGGCGGGUGCCAUGUUCUCCCGUAUGAUCCAGGACUCACUCAAGUCGUGGUUCACUCAGGUUAAUUUCUUCAUCCAUAAUUUGGCACAGCUGAGGUUUUCAGGUGAUCACUCAGGUGAUCUCCUUUUAUCCUUCAUUCCAAAGACAUAUACAUCACAACAAGAUGGUAAAAUCAGCCAGGUGAGCCUUUAUAGUUACCAAAAACGGUACAACCCCAACAAGUAUUAUGUAUACAUCCUUGAAGUGGAGAGGGAAGGCCAAAGAGAGCCAACCUAUUUGUUCCGAUCCUACAGGGAGUUCUCAGAGUUUCACCAGAAGUUGUGCCUCAUUUUUCCAUUAGCUAGAAUCCAUAGCCUUCCUAAAGGUGUUCAGAUUGGUCGCUCAGAAGUGAAAGCAGUUGCUGAGAAGAGGAAAUUUGAGAUUGAGCUUUUUCUUGCCACACUCUUUGACUUAACAGCUGAGAUAUCCCACUCUGACCUAGUGUACACCUUCUUUCACCCACUGCUGAGAGACCAAGAAGACACUGAUAUCCACAUAAAAAAACUGAAAAAUAAAGAUACUCGCAGUUCACUCCCUCCAAAUUUGCCAAGUGUGCCAGGCCAUGUCCAGGGUCAAGUGAAAGUGAGUGUGCAGUACCUGCGUGGGCAGCUGCAGAUCAUGGUCCAUCAUGCCCGCAAUCUGUCUUUCAUCAGUAAUGGACAGGAACCUUCCCCGUAUGUCAAGCUCUACCUCCUGCCAGAUCCCCACAAGAAAACAAAAAGGAAGACAAAAGUUGUGAAGAAAACAUGCCACCCAACUUUCAUGGAGCUUAUAACCUACCGAAUGUCUCAGGACAUCAUCAAGCAGCGUAUCCUUGAAAUAAGUGUGUGGAGUGAGGACAAGUUCAGUGAGAAUAUUUACCUAGGAAGUUCCUAUUUACGACUCAAUGCCCUGGAGCUGAAGGAGGAGCAGUGUGAGUGGCUGAGUCUGGAGCACCAGCGCAAUACAGCCCUGGGACACACCAUUCAGCACAAUGCCUAGGUGAAGUAGGUGGUUUUUUGCACCCUUUACCUCAACAAAAUGUGUGAAAUGGUAAGAUCUUUAUUUUCACUGUACCUUCAUAUCCUACAAAACUGUGAUAAGAAUGACAUGUCAUGGCUUCAGAUUUAAUUAAAGGUUUCUUUUCACCUAAGUAUAUUUGAAGUUAAAAGUAGUAUAUUGGUGGGAUGAAUUACCUAUAAAUAGACCACCACAGUCAUAGGUGAUAUCUAUAAACUUUUAAUGCUGGAUGAAAAUUAUGGCAGAGUCAGGUGACCAUGCUGUCAGGAGAAGCAUAGAACUGACAAUCACAGGUCACCUUGAUAAAUGACUGCUCUAGGAUAUGCUCAUAUUAAAUAUUUCUUAACAGUAUUGCUAAAUGUACAUAAUAUUUUUUGACUGAGUAGGUUAUUCUUCUUGAAUGUUUUCUACUUCUAUAUUUUUCCAUUCCAUCAUUUUUGUGUAUUAAAGAUUUACAUCAGGUACAUGUAAGUUUGCCAGCAAUUUGGAACAAACCUCAUAAACUACAAGUCAAGUCCUUCAUGAUUGCAUAAUAGAAAAGAUUGGUGUGUUGACAUUUAGCAUGUGUGUGAAAUCAAAUAGUUUUACACAUAUGUACUUUAAUCUUAAUGAACCAGAAAAAAGAUCCCUUAUUGCAUCAAACCUCUAUCGAGGUAAUUAAGGUUAGUUUAAGUAGAACAUUGCUAAUUCAAAACAAAUAGUAUUAAAGAAGUAGCAGCAUCAUGUUACAUUAUGGAAGCUUUCAAGUACUCUCUGCACUGUUGUUUCACCACAUAUAUGUAUAGUUUACUUUUUUACAAUAAGUUAAUUUAUCCUCAUCUUUUAUCAUUAUUAUCAUUUCAUUCCACUCUAAAGAAGUGAGGUGCAGACUGCUGGAAAAUAUGUUUACAGUGGAAGCUUGAGUUAUUGGUACCCUGACUUACAAGUAAUCCAAGAUAUGAGCUGUCACUCAGUCAAUUUUUUUACUUUGAUUUGUGAGCCAAAAUUUGCAUUACAAGCUAGUUCCAGGUAUGUCACCACUAGUUGGUGCAAUGAAUAUUUAGCAUCCUGUGUGCGAUGUGUUCAGUUCACAUGCUUUCCCCCAAUGACCUCCCGCCCCAGCACCCCAGCUGUGGAGGCAUUUCUUGUGUUGUAGUAGCAUUUUGUGUUUUUUGUAGUUAUAUAGUUAAAUUAUUUUUGUCUAUCCAUGGGUCCUAAGCAAAUGGCACUAUGUAAUGACACAUACCGAACUCACUUCUAAAAACAUUUGUGAAAUGUCUUGCAGAUGAAACAGGAAAAUGAGUUGAACAAGGCAGAAAGCAAUGAAGAAAAUUAAGUUAAACGAAAAUUAAGUAAAAAAUGUAGUAAAAAAGUUCAGCAAUAAAGUGCAGCAUUAAAGAUUGUUAUGAAUAAGCUAAAUUCAGUGAUUAAGCAAGAGAGUUUAUAGCAAACAAAAAUAACUGAAAGACGGGAAAUAAAACAAAAUCCUCCCAUCUCCUCCGUCUACCUCUUCCACCCACAUUUACCUCUUGCGAGGAGAACAAUGUCAUAGAUAAACUGUCACAGGACUGCCGCCUCUGUUCUCCUUUCUUUUCUUGCUUACUUAAAACUUCAUUUCAUCUAUGAAUGAUGUCUACAGUGCCUACAAAAGGUCGUCAAUUAAUUUUUUCUUUUUUGGCAAGGGAGAGAACUGCUAAGGGCAAAAAACUAUAUUAGAAAAAAAGGCCCA